AUGGAAUCUUUUUUUCAACGUAUGUCAUCAAUUGUUCUAAGAAGUAAUACAAAAGAAGAUAUGGACGAAGAAGAUAAUGAACGGCGACGACAUUUCAGACAUUUACAAGAACGUCGACGUUCAGCACCGGAUAUUCGUCGACGUGGUCUUUUAAAUGAUCGAUUAGUUCGAAUACCCGAUCAAAAAGGUACAUCAGAAGAACAAAUUCCAAUGCAUCUUACUGCUGUUACAUCAUCACCAUGGGAAAAACAAUUCAAUUCUAUUCGUUAA